AUGGAGGAGACCUUCGCUACCGAUAAGGCUGCUGACAACGUCUUUGAAGACUACCAAAAGCACAAUGCUGGCCUCCAAAUAUCUAGCGAGACCGCCAUCGUAUCUUCCCUUCGGGGCCGUUAUCCAGACUGGACCGUGACGGUCACGCCUGGUCACACAGGCCUUCUUGCCUUUGCUCGAGCUGGACAGGCCAAGGCAGAACUAGACACCAAGACCGAGUCAUUGUCAGCAUGGCGUCUGCAUGUUCCACCUAGCCAGCGUAUCUCUCAGGAGGAGGGCAAAAUGACGGACAAGGUCCACUUUGGAAAAUAUGACUAUGAGUGGAAGAGCGAGGUCUUCAUCGUGUAUACGGCUACUUUCCAACAAGGCUUUGGACAAGUCAAGAACAACUACGUCUUACACAAACGUGACCAUGGGCUUGUUGAUGGACGUUGCAAGGCUACCGAUGAGCUUAUUGCUGCAGCUACGAAGUGGAACAACAACGUCCAUGACGAGGUGCUGGUGUUCGAUCAAGAGCGCUGGACCAAGAACAAAGAAUUAUGGGCUUCUGUUCAGAAUGCAAGCUGGGACGAUGUGAUCAUGGACAAGGACAUGAAAGAGACACUGGUCAACGACGUUGAAGGCUUCUUCGACUGCAGAGACGAAUACAGGGAGUUUGCGGUACCAUGGAAGAGGGGCAUCAUAUUCCAUGGCCUACCUGGAAAUGGCAAAACUAUUUCCAUCAAGGCUCUCAUGCAUGCUCUCUACAAGCGUCCAGACCCUGUUCCCACGCUCUACGUCAAAUCUCUUGCCGGAUGUCAUGGCCCUGAGUAUGCUAUCCGAGAAAUCUUCGUCAAAGCUAGACUGUCUAGCCCAUGUCUCUUAAUCUUCGAGGACCUCGACAGCUUGAUCACAGACAAGGUCAAGAGCUUCUUUCUCAAUGAAGUCGAUGGCUUGGAGUCAAAUGAGGGACUCAUGAUGCUUGGAAGCACCAACUAUCUCGAGAGGCUGGAUGCAGGUAUCUCCAAGCGCCCAGGUCGAUUCGACCGCAAGUACCAUUUCGUCCUUCCUGCCUUACCUGAGAGGGUCAAAUACUGCGACUACUGGAGAUUUAAGCUUUCCAACAACACUACUGUCGACUUUCCACCCAAGCUCUCCGAAGCUAUUGCAGCGAUCACCGAAGGCUUCAGCUUCGCUUAUCUUAAGGAAAGUUUCAUUACUUCGCUUCUCAUGAUCGUCGGGUCUCACAAAGGGACGAGCAAAGCAAUCGAUGACCUACCGGAGGCUGGUGCAGAGAGUCACGAGCUUGAUCACCUCUUGUUCUGGCGAGUCAUGAGCCAGCAGGUCAAGAAUCUUCGCGCUGAGAUGGAAGAUGCGCGUAAGAGCGCCGAGGAUGCUUCUCAGAACAAUACUGCCACCAUUGGUACGUGA